AUGCCGCGCUCGCGGGCACCGGAGCAGGGAUGUUGCGGCUGCCCGGCAGGGAGGGCUCGCGGCGAAACCGGGAUUUGGGCGCUUGUGCCGGGCACCGGGAGUCGCUGGGGCCGCCCGCCGCCACCUCCGCCGCCGCCGCCGCCGCCACCGCCGCCGCCACUACUGCUGCUGCUGGGUUGGGGGCUUCUCAGUGCCUCGGCUGCCGCGGGCCAGAACUGCACAUUCCAACUGCAAGGUCCCAAUGGGACAGUGGAGAGCCCAGGGUUCCCUUAUGGCUACCCCAAUUAUGCCAACUGCACAUGGACCAUCACCGCGGAGGACCAGCACCGGAUCCAGCUCGUGUUCCAGUCCUUUGCCCUGGAAGAGGACUUUGAUGUGCUGUCAGUGUUUGAUGGCCCACCCCAGGCGGAGAACCUCCGUACAAGACUCACGGGCUUUCAGCUACCGGCCACCAUAGUCAGCGCGGCCAGCACCUUGUCCCUGAGCCUCAUCAGCGACUAUGCAGUCAGUGCCCAGGGCUUCCGUGCCAGCUAUGAAGUUCUCCCAAGCCACACUUGUGGGAACCCAGGGAGGCUGCCCAACGGUGUCCAGCAAGGCUCCACCUUCAACCUGGGUGACAAAGUCCGCUACAGCUGCAACCCUGGCUUCUUUCUGGAGGGUCACGCGGUGCUCACCUGCCAUGCCAGUUCCGAGAACAGCGCCACGUGGGACUUUCCUCUGCCUUCCUGCAGAGCGGACGACGCCUGUGGCGGAACCCUGCGGGGUCAGAGUGGCAUCAUCUCCAGCCCCCACUUUCCCGCCGAGUAUCACAACAAUGCCGACUGCACGUGGACCAUUCUGGCUGAGCUUGGGGACACCAUCGCCCUGGUCUUUAUUGACUUCCAGCUGGAGGAUGGCUAUGACUUCCUGGAGGUCACUGGGACCGAAGGCUCCUCUCUCUGGUUUACCGGAGCCAGUCUCCCAGCCCCUGUCAUCAGCAGCAAGAACUGGCUGCGGCUGCACUUCACGUCGGAUGGCAACCACCGGCAGCGUGGCUUCAGCGCCCAGUACCAAGUCAAGAAGCAAAUCGAACUGAAGUCCCGAGGCGUGAAGCUGAUGCCCAGCAAAGACAACAACCAGAAGACGUCUGUGUUAACUCAGGUUGGUGUGUCCCAAGGACAUAAUAUGUGUCCAGACCCUGGAAUACCUGAAAAGGGCAAAAGACUAGGCUCAGACUUCAGGUUAGGAUCCAGCGUCCAGUUCACCUGCAACGAAGGCUAUGACCUGCAAGGGUCCAAGCGGAUCACCUGCAUGAAAGUGAGCGACAUGUUUGCAGCCUGGAGUGACCACAGGCCAGUCUGCCGAGCCCGUAUGUGUGAUGCCCACCUCCGAGGCCCCUCGGGCAUCAUCACUUCCCCCAACUUCCCCAUUCAGUACGAUAACAACGCACACUGUGUGUGGAUCAUCACAGCACUCAACCCCGCUAAGGUGAUCAAGCUGGCCUUUGAAGAGUUUGAUUUAGAGAGGGGCUAUGACACCCUGACGGUCGGGGACGGUGGGCAGGAUGGGGACCAGAAGACAGUCCUCUACAUCCUGACAGGCACCUCCGUCCCAGACCUCAUCGUCAGCGCCCACCAUCAGAUGUGGCUCCUCUUCCAGAGCGACAGCAGCGGCAGCUCCCUGGGAUUCAAGGCUUCCUACGAAGAGAUCGAACAGGGCAGUUGUGGAGACCCUGGCAUACCUGCCUACGGCCGGAGAGAAGGCUCUCGCUUUCGCCAUGGUGACACACUCAAGUUUGAAUGUCAACCUGCCUUUGAGCUGGUGGGGCAGAAAUCAAUCACGUGCCAAAAGAAUAACCAGUGGUCAGCUAAGAAGCCAGGCUGUGUGUUUUCCUGCUUCUUCAACUUCACCAGCCCCUCUGGGAUCGUCCUGUCUCCUAACUACCCUGAGGACUACGGCAAUCAUCUUCACUGUGUCUGGCUCAUCCUGGCCCGGCCUGAGAGCCGCAUCCACCUGGCCUUCAACGACAUUGACGUGGAGCCUCAGUUUGAUUUCCUAGUCAUUAAAGAUGGCGCCACGGCUGAGGCCCCGGUGCUAGGCACCUUCUCAGGAAAUCAGCUCCCCUCCUCCAUCACCAGCAGUGGCCACGUAGCCCGUCUAGAGUUCCAGACCGAUCACUCCACAGGCAAGAGGGGCUUCAACAUCACCUUUACCACCUUCCGACACAACGAGUGCCCAGAUCCUGGCGUUCCAGUAAACGGCAAGCGGUUUGGUGACAGCCUGCAGCUGGGCAGCUCCAUCUCCUUCCUGUGUGAUGAAGGCUUUCUCGGGACGCAGGGCUCGGAGACCAUCACCUGUGUUCUGAAGGAGGGCAGCGUGGUGUGGAACAGUGCCGUGCUGCGCUGUGAAGCUCCCUGUGGUGGUCAUCUGACUUCUCCUAGCGGGACCAUCCUCUCUCCAGGCUGGCCUGGCUUCUACAAGGAUGCGCUGAGCUGUGCCUGGGUGAUAGAAGCUCAGCCCGGAUACCCCAUCAAAAUCACAUUUGACAGGUUUAAAACCGAGGUCAACUAUGACACCCUGGAAGUGCGAGAUGGGCGGACAUAUUCAGCACCUUUGAUCGGAGUUUACCACGGGACCCAGGUGCCCCAGUUCCUCAUCAGCACCAGCAACUACCUCUAUCUCCUCUUCUCUACUGACAAGAGUCACUCAGACAUCGGUUUCCAGCUCCGCUAUGAGACCAUCACCCUGCAGUCGGACCACUGUCUGGACCCAGGGAUCCCCGUCAAUGGGCAGCGUCAUGGAAAUGACUUCUAUGUGGGUGCUCUGGUCACCUUCAGCUGUGACUCUGGCUACACAUUAAGCGAUGGGGAGCCGUUGGAGUGUGAGCCGAAUUUCCAAUGGAGUCGGGCCCUCCCCAGCUGUGAAGCUCUCUGCGGUGGCUUCAUUCAAGGCUCCAGUGGCACCAUCUUGUCACCAGGAUUCCCCGACUUCUACCCCAACAACUUGAACUGCACUUGGGUCAUCGAGACGUCACACGGCAAGGGCGUGUUCUUCACCUUCCACACCUUCCACCUGGAGAGCGGCCAUGAUUACCUCCUCAUCACUGAGAAUGGCAGCUUCACGCAGCCCCUGAGGCAGCUGACGGGUUCAAGACUCCCAGCACCCAUCAGCGCUGGGCUCUAUGGCAACUUCACUGCCCAGGUCCGCUUCAUCUCUGAUUUCUCCAUGUCCUAUGAAGGAUUCAACAUCACUUUCUCAGAGUAUGACCUGGAACCCUGUGAGGAGCCUGAGGUCCCAGCCUACAGCAUCCGGAAAGGCUUACAGUUUGGCGUGGGUGACACCCUGACCUUCUCCUGCUUCCCCGGGUACCGUCUGGAGGGCACGGCCCGCAUCACGUGCCUGGGGGGCAGACGGCGCCUGUGGAGCUCGCCUCUGCCAAGGUGUGUUGCGGAGUGUGGGAAUUCGGUCACGGGCACUCAGGGCACUUUGCUGUCCCCCAACUUUCCUGUGAACUACAAUAACAAUCACGAAUGUAUCUACUCCAUCCAGACCCAGCCGGGGAAGGGGAUUCAGCUUAAAGCCAAGGCAUUUGAACUCGCUGAAGGAGACCUCCUCAAGGUCUAUGAUGGCACUAACAACUCCGCCCGUUUGCUGGGGGUCUUCAGCCGCUCUGAGAUGUUGGGGGUGACUUUGAACAGCACGUCCAGCAGCCUGUGGCUCGACUUCAUCACAGAUGCCGAAAACACCAGCAAAGGCUUUGAACUUCAGUUCUCUAGUUUUGAACUCAUCCGAUGCGAAGACCCAGGGACCCCACAGUUUGGCUACAAGGUUCACGACGGAGGUCAUUUUGCCGGGAGCUCUGUGACCUUCAACUGUGACCCUGGCUACACACUGCGGGGCAGUGAGGAGCUGAUGUGUCUGAGUGGGGAACGCAGGACCUGGGACCGAUCACUGCCCACCUGUGUAGCGGAGUGUGGAGGGACAGUGAGAGGAGAGGUGUCAGGGCAGGUGCUGUCGCCUGGGUACCCAGCCCCCUAUGAACACAAUCUCAACUGCAUCUGGACCAUCGAGGCAGACGCCGGAUGCACCAUUGGGCUGCAUUUCCUUGUGUUUGACACAGAAGAGGUCCACGACGUGCUGCGCAUCUGGGAUGGGCCCGUGGAGAGUGGGGUGCUCCUCAAGGAGCUGAGCGGCCCCAUGCUGCCCAAGGACCUGCACAGCACCUUCAACUCGGUCGUCCUGCAGUUCAGCACAGACUUCUUCACCAGCAAGCAGGGCUUUGCCAUCCAGUUCUCAGUGUCCACAGCGACAUCCUGCAACGACCCUGGAGUCCCACAGAACGGGAGUCGGAGCGGCGACAGCUGGGAAGCUGGUGAUUCCACGGUCUUCCAGUGUGACCCAGGCUACGCACUGCAGGGGAGUGCGGAGAUCAACUGCGUCAGAAUCGAGAACAGAUUCUUCUGGCAGCCUAGCCCGCCCACGUGCAUCGCUCCUUGCGGGGGAGACCUAACUGGGCCAUCAGGAGUCAUCCUGUCACCAAACUACCCAGAACCCUACCCACCAGGCAAGGAGUGUGACUGGAAAGUGACCGUCUCUCCGGACUACGUCAUCGCCCUGGUAUUUAACAUAUUUAACUUGGAGCCUGGCUAUGAUUUUCUUCACAUCUACGAUGGACGGGACUCUCUCAGCCCUCUCAUAGGAAGCUUCUAUGGCUCCCAGCUCCCAGGCCGCAUUGAAAGCAGCAGCAACAGCCUCUUCCUCGCCUUCCGCAGUGAUGCGUCUGUGAGCAAUGCCGGCUUCGUCAUUGACUACACAGAAAACCCAAGGGAGUCAUGUUUUGAUCCCGGUUCCAUCAAGAAUGGCACUCGAGUGGGCUCUGACCUGAAACUGGGCUCCUCCAUCACCUACUACUGCCACGGAGGCUACGAGGUUGAGGGCGCCUCCACCCUGAGCUGCAUCCUGGGGCCUGAUGGGAAGCCACUGUGGAACAAUCCAAGGCCAGUCUGCACAGCUCCCUGUGGUGGACAGUAUGUGGGUUCAGAUGGAGUGGUUCUGUCCCCAAACUACCCCCAGAACUAUACCAGUGGACAGACCUGCUUGUACUUUGUCACCGUGCCUAAGGACUAUGUGGUGUUUGGCCAGUUUGCCUUCUUCCACACAGCCCUCAACGACAUAGUGGAGGUUCAUGACGGCUACAGCCAGCACGCCCGGCUCCUCAGCUCACUCUCCGGCUCCCACACAGGAGAGUCGCUGCCCUUGGCCACCUCCAAUCAAGUUCUCAUUAAGUUCAGCGCCAAAGGCCAAGUACCAGCCAGGGGGUUCCAUUUUGUCUACCAAGCGGUGCCCCGAACCAGUGCCACACAGUGCAGUUCUGUGCCAGAACCCCGCUAUGGCAAAAGGCUGGGCAGUGACUUCUCCGUAGGGGCCAUCAUCCGCUUCGAAUGCAACUCGGGGUACGCCCUUCAGGGGUCCCCAGAAAUCGAGUGUCUCCCUGUACCUGGGGCAUUGGCCCAGUGGAAUGUCUCUGCACCAACCUGUGUGGUACCCUGUGGUGGCAACCUCACGGAACGCAGGGGCACCAUCCUGUCGCCUGGCUUCCCGGAGCCCUACCUCAAUAGCCUCAACUGCGUGUGGAAGAUCAUGGUCCCAGAAGGAGCUGGCAUUCAGAUUCAAGUCAUCAGCUUUGUCACAGAGCAGAACUGGGACUCUCUGGAAGUGUUUGACGGAGCAGACAACACCGUAACCAUGCUGGGGAGUUUCUCAGGGACAACAGUGCCUGCCCUGCUGAACAGCACCUCCAACCAGCUCUACCUCCACUUCUACUCCGACAUCAGCGUGUCUGCUGCCGGCUUCCACCUGGAAUACAAAACCGUGGGCCUGAGCAGUUGUCCCGAACCAGCUGUACCCAGUAACGGGGUGAAGACAGGCGAACGCUACUUGGUGAAUGACGUGGUCUCUUUCCAGUGUGAGCCAGGAUAUGCCCUCCAGGGCCAUGCCCACAUCUCCUGCAUGCCUGGAACUGUGCGCCGAUGGAACUACCCUCCUCCACUCUGCAUUGCGCAAUGUGGGGGAGAAGUGGAAGAGAUGGAGGGGGUGAUCCUGAGCCCCGGUUUCCCAGGCAACUACCCCAGUAACAUGGACUGUUCCUGGAAGAUUGUGCUGCCUGUGGGCUUUGGUGCUCACAUCCAGUUUUUGAACUUCUCUACGGAACCUAACCAUGACUUCUUAGAAAUCCGGAGUGGUCCCUCCGAGACCAGCCGCAUGAUGGGCAGGUUCAGCGGGAGCGAGGUGCCGGGCUCCCUGCUCUCCACGUCCCACGAUACCAUUGUGUAUUUCCACAGCGACCAUUCCCAGAACCGGCCAGGUUUCAAGCUGGAGUACCAGGCCUACGAACUUCAAGAGUGUCCAGACCCAGAGCCUUUUGCUAAUGGCAUUGUGAGGGGAGCUGGCUAUAAUGUCGGACAAUCGGUGACCUUUGAAUGCCUUCCGGGAUAUCAACUGACUGGCCAGCCCAUCCUCACGUGUCAACAUGGCACCAAUCGGAACUGGGACCACCCCCUACCCAGGUGUGAAGUCCCCUGUGGUGGGAACAUCACCUCUUUCAAUGGCACCGUGUACUCACCUGGAUACCCCAGCCCCUACUCCAGCUCCCAGGACUGUGUCUGGCUGAUCACUGUGCCCAUUGGCCAUGGUGUCCACCUCAACCUCAGCCUGCUGCAGAUAGAACCCUUUGGAGAUUACAUCACUGUCUGGGAUGGGCCACAGCAGACAUCUCUACAGCUUGGCGUCUUCACCCGGAGUCUCUCCAAGAAAAUAGCUCACAGCUCCUCUAACCAGGUCCUGCUCAAGUUCCACCGGGACACGGCCACGGGUGGGAUCUUCGCCAUCGCCUUCUCAGCUUAUCCACUCACCAAGUGUCCUCCCCCAACCAUCCUUCCCAAUGCUGAAGUGGUCACAGAGAAUGAAGAAUUCAACAUAGGUGACAUCGUCCGCUACAGGUGCCUUCCGGGCUUUACCUUAGUGGGGAGUGAAAUUCUGACCUGCAAGCUAGGAACCUACCUGCAGUUUGAAGGUCCACCCCCAAUAUGCGAAGUACACUGCCCAACCAAUGAGCUUCUGACAGACUCCACGGGUGUGAUCCUCAGCCAGAGCUACCCUGGAAGCUACCCACAGUUCCAGACCUGCUCCUGGCUGGUGAGGGUGGAGCCGGAGUACAACAUCUCUGUCACGGUGGAAUACUUCCUUAGCGAGAAGCAGUAUGAUGAGUUUGAGAUCUUUGAUGGUCCCUCAGGACAAAGUCCUCUGCUGAAAGCUCUCAGUGGGAAUUACUCGGCUCCCCUGAUUGUCACCAGCUCAAGCAACUCUGUGUACCUGCGCUGGUCAUCUGACCACGCCUAUAAUCGGAAAGGUUUUAAGAUUCGGUAUUCAGCUCCCUACUGCAGCCUGCCUAAGGCUCCACUCCACGGCUUCAUCCUGGGCCAGACCACCACCCAGCCGGGAGGCUCCAUCCAUUUUGGCUGUGACAGGGGCUACCGUUUGGUGGGACACAGCAUGGCCAUCUGCACCCGGCACCCACAAGGCUACCACCUGUGGAGUGAGGCCAUUCCUCUCUGUCAAGCUCUUUCCUGUGGUCUCCCUGACGCUCCCCAAAACGGAAUUGUGUUUGGCAAGGAGUACACGGUGGGGACUAAGGCUGUGUACAGCUGCAAUGAAGGCUACCACCUCCAGACGGGUGCCGAGGCCACCACAGAGUGUCUGGACACCGGCCUGUGGAGCAACAGCAAUGUCCCCCCACAGUGUGUCCCUGUGACCUGUCCCGACAUCAGCAGCAUCAGUGUGGAACACGGCCGGUGGAGGCUCAUCUAUGAGACCCAGUACCAGUUCCAGGCCCAGCUGAUGCUCAUCUGUGACCCCGGCUACUACUACACUGGCCAGAGGGUCAUCCGCUGCCAGGCCAAUGGCAGAUGGAGUCUGGGAGAGUCUAUGCCUACCUGCCAAAUCAUCUCCUGUGGAGAGCUCCCCACACCUCCAAGUGGGCACCGCAUUGGAACAAUGUCUGUCUAUGGAGCAACUGCCAUCUUCUCCUGCAAUUCUGGAUACACGCUGGUGGGCUCCAGGGUACGGGAGUGCCUGGCCAAUGGGCUCUGGAGUGGUUCUGAAGUCCGCUGCCUUGCUGGACACUGUGGGACCCCAGAGCCCAUUGUCAACGGGCACAUCAACGGGGAAAACUUCAACUACCGAGGCAGCGUGGUGUACCAGUGCAGCGCUGGCUUCCGCCUGAUUGGCAUGUCUGUGCGCAUCUGCCAGCAGGAUCAUCACUGGUCGGGCAAGACCCCUUUCUGUGUGCCAAUUACCUGCGGACACCCAGGCAAUCCAAUCAACGGUCUCACUCAGGGCAACCAGUUCAACCUCAACGACGUGGUCAAGUUCGUUUGCAACCCGGGAUACAUAGCUGAGGGGGCCGCCAGGUCCCAGUGCCUGGCCAGCGGUCAGUGGAGUGAUACGCUGCCCACCUGCAGAAUCAUCAACUGCACGGAUCCUGGGCACCAAGAGAACAGCAUCCGGCAGAUCCAUGCCAGCGGCCCCCACAGGUUCAGCUUCGGGACCACUGUGUCCUACCAGUGCAGCCAUGGCUUCUACCUCCUGGGCACACCGGCGCUCAGCUGCCAGGGAGAUGGCACCUGGGACCGACCCCGUCCACAGUGUCUCUUGGUAUCCUGUGGCCAUCCUGGCUCUCCACCUCACGCCCAGAUGUCCGGAGACAGCUACAUAGUGGGGGCCGUCGUGCGGUACAGCUGCACAGGCAAGCGAACUCUGGUGGGCAAUGCCACCCGCAUGUGUGGACUGGAUGGACACUGGACAGGCUCCCUCCCCCACUGCUCAGGAACCAGCACAGGUGUCUGCGGUGACCCAGGAAUCCCAGCCCAUGGCAUCCGUCUAGGGGACAGCUUUGCCCCAGGCAGUCUGAUGCGCUUCAGUUGUGAAGCUGGCCACGUGCUCCGAGGAUCUUCAGAGCGAACCUGCCAAGCCAAUGGCUCGUGGAGCGGGUCACAGCCUGAGUGUGAAGUAAUCUCAUGUGGGAACCCCGGAACCCCAAGCAAUGCCCGAGUGGUGUUCAGUGACGGUCUAGUGUUCUCCAGUUCCAUUGUCUACGAGUGUCGUGAAGGCUACUAUGCCACAGGCCUGCUCAGCCGACACUGCUCUGUCAAUGGCACCUGGACAGGCAGUGAUCCGGAGUGCACAGUCAUAAACUGUGGUGACCCUGGGAUCCCAGCCAAUGGCAUCCGGCUGGGCAACGACUUCAGGUACAACAGAACUGUGACAUUCCAGUGUAUCCCUGGCCACAUGAUGGAAUCACACAGGGUAUCCGUGCUGAGCUGCACCAAGGACCGGACGUGGAAUGGUACCAAGCCAGUUUGCAAAGCUAUCAUGUGCAAACCUCCUCAGCUCAUCCCUAACGGGAAAGUGGUGGGAUCCGACUUCAUGUGGGGCUCUAGUGUGAGUUAUGCCUGCCUGGAGGGCUACCAGCUCUCCCUGCCUGCCGUGCUCACCUGCGAGGGAAAUGGAUCCUGGACCGGAGAGCUGCCGCAGUGCUUCCCCGUGUUCUGCGGUGAUCCUGGGGUCCCACCUCGAGGGAAGAGAGAAGAUCGGGGUUUCUCCUAUAGGUCGUCUGUGUCCUACUCCUGCCAUCCCCCUCUGGUGCUGGUGGGCUCCCCACGGAGGUUCUGCCAGUCGGACGGGACGUGGAGUGGCACACAGCCCAGCUGUAUCGAUCCUACACUGACCACGUGUGCAGAUCCCGGCAUGCCGCAGUUCGGGAUACAGAACAGCUCCCAGGGCUACCAGGUCGGAAGCACGGUGCUCUUCCGUUGUCAGAAAGGUUACCUGCUUCAGGGCUCCACCAGCAGGACCUGCCUUCCCAACCUGACCUGGAGCGGAACCCCACCUGACUGUGUCCCCCACCACUGCAAGCAGCCAGAGACGCCCACACAUGCCAACGUUGGGGCACUGGACCUACCAUCCAUGGGUUACACACUCAUCUACUCCUGCCAGGAGGGCUUCUCCCUCAGGGGUGGCUCCGAACACCGUACCUGCAAAGCCGAUGGCAGCUGGACAGGCAAGCCGCCCGUCUGCCUGGAGGUCCGGCCCAGCGGAAGACCCAUCAACACUGCUCGUGAGCCACCGCUCACCCAAGCCUCAGUUCCAGGGGAUGUUUUUGCCAAGAAUUCCUUGUGGAAAGGAGCCUAUGAGUACCAGGGGAAGAAACAGCCAGCCAUGCUUAGAGUAACCGGCUUCCAGAUAGCCAACAGCAAGGUCAACGCCACCAUGAUCGACCACAGUGGGGUGGAACUGCACUUGGCAGGAAACUAUAGGAAGGAAGAUUUCCGUCUCCUGCUUCAGGUCUACCAUGUCACGGGGCCCGUGGAGAACUUUGUGGAUAAGUUCAAAGAUGACCACUGGGCAUUAGAUGGCCAUGUCUCCUCGGAGUCUUCCGGAGGCACCUUCGUCUACCAAGGUUCUGUCAAGGGCCCAGGCUUUGGGCAGUUCGGCUUUCAGAGACUUGACCUCAGGCUGUUGGAGUCAGAUCCCGAGUCCAUUGGCCGCCAUUUUGCUUCCAACAGCAGCUCAGUGGCCGCUGCCAUCCUGGUGCCUUUCAUCGCCCUCAUCAUCGCGGGCUUCGUGCUCUAUCUCUACAAGCACAGGAGAAGACCCAAAGUUCCAUUCAACGGCUAUGCUGGCCACGAGAACACAAAUGUUCGGGCCACAUUUGAGAACCCCAUGUACGACCGCAACAUCCAACCCACAGACAUCAUGAGCAACGAGGCGGAGUUCACAGUCAGCACAGUGUGUACUGCAGUAUAGCCCCCAGGCCUGGCUGCUACUGCCACCGCCGCCGAGAGUCCCGCCGCCAGCAGCCGCUCCCCAGGGGGCAGGAAGGAGCUCCCCUGAGCGCAGUGCCCAGUGCCCAUCUUCGUCUGUCCCUCCGCCUUCGUCUGCCACUACUGGGACUCAGG